CCGCAAACCAACCCCGCCAAUAUCCAACGCCACUGUUGUCUGUGUGCUGUUGCCGCUGCAACUGCAAACACGUGCGGCUAAAUUCAAUUCAAAGACAGAAAUACGAACAAAUAGAAGAAGAGGCUACUAAUUUUUAUUACUAAAUACCAGCUCGAGGCAAUGCCCGCUGCCUAAGCAACCAUGGCGGACGCGAGCAAGUCGAAGCGCGCAUCUAUGAAACCCCCCGCUAUCAAGACAAAGGUCUCAUCCAAGUCAACCCGCAUUGGUUCUCCCCGCGACAAGCCCGACAUCUACCAGGACUCGGACGAAACAGACGAUGAACCCCCCGUCCCGCUACCACGAAGCCAUACGCCAGGCCAACUGGCUGGCAAGAGCCCCAAAGACCGCCGCAGGCCGGCCGAGAUUCCCAUCCGCAACCGAUCCCAGUCCGCUACUCAGGCGCCGCCGUCUCGACCGUCGACAUCGUCGGGUGCAAAGAUACCCCCGCCUCUUACAGAAUCGCCUGAGCGCAUGGAGGACAAGGAGAAUCGUAGCAGGCCUCUGCCUCGGACCACGUCGGUCAUCACAAACCGAGCUAUGGCCGUGGCUACAAUCUCGGCUUCACGAAAGAGCUCAGUCAUAGAGCAAGCAUCGGCAAGCGGCGAACAUAGGCCAUUCCCCCUUCUACCGGAUCCCAAAAAGGCUCCUCAAGUGGCACACGCACCAGCGUCUGGCAUGUACUGGUCGAAAGCUCCCACCUCUGGAGCGCCGCAUUCUUGCUUACGAGCACAUACCACCACGCUGAUCGGUUCGAACGUGUAUAUAUUUGGCGGCUGCGACUCGAAUGCGUGCUUCAAUACUCUAUACGUCCUGGAUGCAGACGCCUUCUACUGGUCAGUGCCGCUGGUGGUGGGCGAAGUGCCAGCGCCGCUCAGAGCCAUGACCUGCACUGCCGUGGGUAAGAAGCUGGUAGUCUUUGGAGGAGGCGAUGGCCCGGCUUACUAUAACGACAUUUAUGUUCUCGAUACAAUCAACUUUCGCUGGUCGAAACCCAAGAUUCUCGGCGACAAAUUCCCCUCGAAACGACGCGCGCACACAGCAUGCCUAUACAAGAACGGGAUAUAUGUGUUUGGCGGCGGUGACGGCAUCCGCGCUCUUAACGAUAUAUGGCGCCUUGAUGUGAGCGAUAUUAACAGAAUGUCAUGGAAGCUGGUCUAUGACCCUUCCGGAGACGCAGAUGAGGACGAGCCGAAAGCUCGCGGCUACCACACGGCCAAUAUGGUGGGUAGCAAGCUGAUUAUUUACGGAGGGUCCGAUGGAGGAGAAUGCUUUGAUGAUGUUUGGGUAUACGAUGUCGACACCCAUGUCUGGAAGGAGGUUGAUCUUCCCGUCACCUUUAGACGCCUUUCACACACGGCCACCAUUGUGGGCUCAUAUCUCUUCGUCAUUGGUGGCCACGAUGGCAAUGAUUACUGCAACGACCUGCUGCUCCUCAAUCUUGUUACAAUGACGUGGGAUAAGCGCAAAGUAUACGGCCAGCCCCCAUCGGGUAGAGGAUACCACGGCACGGUGCUGCACGACAGCAGAGUGCUGAUGAUUGGAGGCUUUGACGGGAACCAGGUCUUUGGAGAUGUCACGAUUCUCGAAUUGGCAGUCCAUGCUUACUAUUCCCAGAUCAGCCACUUUACGAUUGAAGUGUAAAUAGAGCAUU